GCCAACCAAGAGGUGAGUGAGGCAAUCCGUCAGCGAUGAAAUGCCAGUGCAGGAGCUCUCGUCACUGAAGCAAGAACCUUUGCCCUCUUUUCUCUGCCUGCUCAGAUGGAGAUCCCUGGCUGUGUAUCCAGCAUCAAUCCCAAGGUGGAGCCUUGCGAGGACGAGGAACCGCCAUUACCGCCGCCGUUUCAAGCUUCAUCAGACGAGUGGGAGGUGACCCCGCUGUCCGGCGACAACCCCUUCUUCACCAGCGUCAUGUGCAAGAGCCAAGUCCAGAACCCCUUUCAGCUGGUCAUCCCGGUUCGUUUCCACCGCCACCUCCCGGAGACGCGCGCGCCGGCGGUGCUAAUGUGCCGCGGCCGGUCGUGGACGGUGAGCUACUGCGGCGUCGGCAAGUGGAAGAGGCUUCAGGGGGCGUGGAGGGACUUCGCCCGCGACAACGGGCUCCGGCUCGGGGACGCCUGCGUCUUCGAGCUCGUCGUGCCCACUGCCGCCGGUGCCGGAACUGAAGCUGCUGCUGCUGCUGCAAGUGAAAGAGACGGAAACGACAGCAGCGGCAGCAGCAAGGAGAAGGAGGGGAAGACGAUGGAGGUGGUGUUCCGGGUGCAGGUACUCCGCAGCGGCCUGCCGGAGGAGAUCGCCUCCCGGGGCGCCACCUCCGACGACCCACUCGUCAUCCUGGACUAACUAGAUCCAACUGCUGCCAUUAACGUUACUGUUGGUGGUUGAAUUAGUAUUAGUAGUUGGACAUUAGUGGUUCAGUGCAGUCUGCUUUUGGUAGCAUGGUAGUAUAAGUACUUUGUUUGCCCCUGCUGAUCUAGCUAAGCUCUCUGUUUAGUACAUUCUUUGUCAGUCUGUCUGAUCGAUGGAUCCAUCAUCCUGCAAAAAUGUAGUCAGUUAAUGUGUAUGGAUGCUAAUGAUAAGUAGUAGUUGUAGUUCUUCAUCGUUUCUCAAACUGCACUACUGCAACGAGCUGGCUGUCUAAUUUGGGUGCACAA